GCCCUCGGGGCCGAGAUCCUCGGCGACGCGCUGGCGUUCCCGUUCGGCCAGGCGCAGUGGGCUCGCGCCUUGAAGGCCGCGGCCCUCGCCUGCAACCUGUCGUUGCUCGGCGAGUUCAGCCUGCGUCGCCUUCGCCGCGGGGGCGUCUCGCGCGACCUGCUGUUCAAGGCUCGCCCUGCCCGCCGCGUGCGCGGCGGUCGCGCCAACGAGCAGUUCGGCCUCCUCGACCUUUGCGCGCUGUCCGCAGCCGAGCUGGCCGCCGCGGACAUCGGCGCCGCCCUCGCGGAUGCCUCCCGCAGCUUGUGA